AGAGAGACUAAAAGGCGGGGUGAACUCACCCCAGACACUCCCCCCGCCUAUAAAGCCCAGCCAUACUGAAUUACUCAGACUGAAACCACACGUGGAUCUGGGCUCAGAGGGAGAGCGCCGGCUGCCGAGGGAACCAGCAGCAGCCUGAAGCAGCAGCAGAGCCUGGAGCCGAACAACACCUCAGAGAUCCAGCAGAUCUCAGACCAGGAGAGCAGAACCAGAAGUGGACCGAGCGGAGUCUGAGCAGAGACUGAGCGGAGAGGGUGAUAAAAGUUGACCUUUUGAAAUCAAUUAAGGAGAUCAUUGUAGGACUGUCUACCACAACAGAAGAAAGGAGUAAAUUCGUGGGGAAGAACUAAUAAAGUUAUGCCGCAGUGGAGCACCACUCAUGCUCGGAAGGACUAAAAAGUGUGGCGAGUAAGUCUUGACCCUGCAUGUCCUGCGAAUCCAGGACUGUGGAAUUUCUGUGACUGCACCACAUUUGUGACUUAAGCCAAAGUCAGCUCUAGAACUUUUAUAUCCUUGUUUACAACAUGUCGUUUGCGAUGGUGCGCCCGGCCCCGAGCCGCUACCUGUACUCUGAGAUCUCCAUGAUGUCGGAUGACGAGGAGAACGGCAGCGAGAGCUCGGGUUCAGACGAACGCUCCUUCCGCCUGGACUCCUCCAGCUACGAGCUGAAAGUGGGCAGCAGGAAGAGGAAGCCCGGCAGCGGCGGAGGAGUGCGACUCGGGGUGCUGCCACCAGACACGAGACCUGGCCCUAUGCUGGGCGAGGGGCGGCAGCGCAACGCGGCCAACGCCAGGGAGCGGGACCGAACCAACAGCGUCAACACGGCCUUCACCGCCCUCAGGACUCUGAUCCCCACCGAGCCGGCCGACCGCAAGCUGUCCAAGAUCGAGACGCUGCGUCUCGCCUCCAGCUACAUCUCUCACCUGGGGAACGUCCUGCUGGUGGGCGAGGGCUGCGGGGACGGGCAGCCGUGCCACAGCGGGGGACCGUCAGCGUCCUACUAUCACCAUCACGGGUCGCCCGGACGGGACACGGAGAACUCGCAGCCCAAACAGAUCUGCACUUUCUGCCUCAGCAACCAGAGGAAAAUGAGUAAGGACAGAGAGAGGAAGAGCAGUGGGAGGAGUUAAUAAAACGACACCAGGAACAGAACCGAGCGCAGAACCGGCCCGGUUCUACAGCACCACCCAGAACCUGAACUGUGGAGAACUGAACUCCAGCCUGUAUAUAUACCCAUCACACACAGCUCCUCAUAAUUCAUACCGUAUACAUCACCCUCUACACCCUGCGCUACGAGGAGGAGAACGAGGAGCAGUAAGGUGGAGGAGGAGCAGAAGG